AAUAGAAGCAAUCUAAUUGGAAUAAGCUCAAUCUCAAGUCUCCUUUUGUGUUACCAAGACGAGCCAGAGAAGACGACGAGUGUCGAAGAAGAGGCAAUGCAAGACGAAGAAGCUUAAUCUCUCCCCUAUCUCCGAAGCUGUUCAUGGCGAUGUCGGGAACUUUCCAUUCGACUUCUGAUUACGUCCCUGGUUGCACACUAACAGACAGUAGGUGCUUCUCUAACUCUGCUGUUUCGAGAAGACCACUAGCUAUACUACCAUGCUCUUCCUGUUCGGAUCAGAAACUACGCUUGGCGAAUGGACGCUUGAAAUGUUGUGCCCCCAAUAGUAGUUCUUUUGUGUGUCGAGCGAGUUCUGGUGGCUAUAGGAGAAAUCCUGAUUUCUCAAGACUUAAUAAGCAUGGUUUCCGGGGAAGGAACAGGCAAAGCGAAGAGAGAGACGAUUUUGAUGUCGAGAACUCUGAAGCGUUAUCUUCUAGAAACGGGUCUUUACACUCUCUCUCUAACUCCCCCAAGUUCCAAGCUACUUCAUCCCCUGGGCCAAGAGAAAAAGAGAUAGUGGAGCUUUUCAGAAAGGUUCAGGCUCAGCUCCGAGCUCGAGCAGCGGCGAAGAGAGAAGACAAAAAGAUAGAAGAGGCUUCUAAAGGACAGGGGAAAGAAAGUGAAACUGUUGACUCCCUUCUUAAGCUACUAAGGAAGCACUCGGGAGAGCAAAGCAAGAAAGUUAACAGUUUUAGCAGCCAGGGAGACAAUUCUUACCCGCGACCAGGAGAUCCUGUGGAGAGGCAAGAUCGCAGCGGAAAUCUUGCCGAUUCACGAAACAGAGAUCACAGUGCAUCAUCCUUUACAAGGCCAACAUCAAGCUUCAGAAGAAAGUCGCCAGUACCAAGAUCUAAAUCGCCUCCAACUUAUUCUAGUGAGGCGACUUUUGAUGAGGCAUCGAGUUACAGCGUGACCUGGACCCAUAAGAAGGAUAGAGCAGAGUCGCAUGAUGAGCCUGAAGACGAACCUGAGGCUGAGCCUGAGCUUGAGCCUGAGUACGAAGAUGAACCUGAAUAUGAGUCAGAACCUGGGCAUGUGACAGCUAUUCUUGAACCAGAGUCAGAGCUGAAGUCAGAGUCAUCAUCAUUUUACCAAGAGGAGGAGGAGGAGGAUGAUGUUACUUUAGAUGGGCUAUCAGAUGAUGAUGAGUCUCUGGAUGAUACUGAUGAAGAGGUUGAUGAAGCUGAGGAGGAAGUUGUGAAAGACGAAGACUUGAGUUCAUUGAAGGUGAUGGAACUGAGAGGCAUAGCAAAAUCCAGGGGACUAAAAGGGUUUUCGAAGAUGAAAAAAGCCGAACUCGUGGAUUUGCUUGGUCGUACUAGCAGCUGAUUUGACGGUGAAAGAUAUCCAAUAAAUGACAAUGUUAAUGAGUUAUUUUCAGUGUCUCUGAUGUGUGUGUUUUUUUUUGUCUGAAAAUACUGUAUGUGAUGUUUUUAUUUGCUAGGAUUUUGUUUUUUCGAUUUUUUAAGGUAUCAAACACAUAUAAAUUUGUUAGCAGACAGGUUCAACUUUGACUUGGAAGAAAUGAAGCUUGGAGAAAACAUGGAUCAAACAAAC